UGUAUUCAAAUUUUACAAAUGUCGGUUCAAUCAAGUAUAUACAAAUUGUAGCUCAUUUUAGACAUCGCUGAUGGUUCAAGUUGAUUUACAAACAAAACAAAUUACAGGAGAAGGUACAUCGAAAACUUUUAAAAUUUCGGAACAGAGUGAGAUGCACUCUUCUUCUGAAAUCUCAGCAGCGAGUUCGAUGCGAGAGGAACAUCUUAAAACAUACGAGAAAGAUAAAACUUUGCAAUUUUCUCAAAAAUUAUUUCAAUGUCAUCAAUGUCGCUUUACUACAAACUCCGGGAAACAAUGGUUCCUACAUAAACAGACACACGUCGAUGAAGCCCAUUGCACAUCAAAGGAACAGAAAGAAACAGAUGCAGAAGUGGUCAGAGCAUCCGAAAUCAUCUUGGACAUGAUAAAGAAAAGACUGGAGACGAUAAAAGAUAAAAAGAAAAGUCCUGAUCCCCAUACACCGCCAAGUUCACAAUAACAUGCGAAUAUCUUGUUUUGAAAAAAACACAAUAAAUCCUUUUUGCUUUUUUUUUCAAAAUUGCAAAAAGAGAUUUUCAAACUGGAACACUUUUAUGCGAAAUUCAUACGAUUGGCUUCUAAAUUUUAACUUUUGAAGAAUUAAACUAGUUUCUUG